AUGCCUAUGCAGUUUUUUGUUUCUCUGUGUUCCAGAUCGCGCACCAGCUGCGGGUGCGCGGCGAGUGGGGCGGCGCGGCGGACUUCGAGGACCAGGAGGAUGUGGCCCCGCACCUGGAGGGCGGCCCCGCGUCGCUGCUGCCCGGCCGCGACAUCGGCGCGGAGCAGGCCGCCCACCCGCGGCUCUACAAGUCCCACCUGCGGUUCGACCGCUGCCCCGACGUCGUCAAGCUCGUGGGCCUGCCUUUCCCUACCACUGCUGGAGACCGUGGGUUCAUCCCCUGGCGCUGGUAGUGGGAAGCAGGCCCACCACAAGCGGAUCUACUGCUUCCGCGACCUGGGCGACGCUCUGGUGAGUGACUGGCGCUUCGUCGCCCCCAUAGUGCCGUCCGACGUGCCGCUAGAGUCCUUUGCCGUGCUCCGCAUUGUUCCCGGAGGCGUCGACCGGGCCCUGCGCAACUUGUGCGACUGGUGGGAGCACCGUCACGACCCUGGGGUCUGCUUCUUCCUGUUCGACGACCUUCGCGAGCGACGGCACGAGUGCGUGGUCCGGGUCAAUCGGUUUCUGGACGUGAGUGCUUCGUCGGAGGUUAUCGACAGAGUGGUGGAGCAGAGCUCGCACGAGUUCAUGACCCAGCCCAGCAACUGGUCGAAGUUUGACGACCACAAGAUCGUUGCUGCCCUGGACGCUGCCCGUGGGCACACGCGCUCCGUGCCGCUUACAGGAAAGGCGCGAGUGGGCGGCGGCAAGUCUGGCAGCGGCGGGGAGGAGCUUCCAGCAGCGGUGCAACAAUGGCUGCAGUGGCGCUGGGAGUGCGUCGUCCUCCCGAGAACUGGCUACCGAUGUUUAGACGAGCUGCGAGCUGCAUGGCAUAAAGAGUUGGAUGAGGCGAUCCUUGGGAGGGAGCCGUCCACGACUGAGGCUCCGAACGCUGACAUAG